AGUGUUCCCUGUUCCAUCACUUUGCUCUGUGGCCGAUCGUUGAAGUUAUAGCAUACCGACCCGGCAACUGUCCGGCUCAUUCUCGUUUGUACCGUUUUACCAAUCGCUCAAUCCAGUGCUCACAAUGCGCUCCCCGGCGGUGAUGCUGCUUGGAGUGGUGACGUUGCUCAGCUACAACACGAUCGUCCUACUGGCACAACACACUACUGGAUGUGGAAAUCGUAACACCGGUGGUAUCCUUCGCCGGAGUUUUGGUGACAAAGAUAUCGAAUCCAUGUAUGGUGAAUUCCCCUGGAUGAUGGCCAUCUUGGAGACGAAGGAGGUGGCGGGAAUCCCGAACGUAAGCGUGUACCUGUGCGGCGGCUCCCUCAUUCACGAACAGGUCGUCCUGACCGCGGCCCAUUCCUUAAACAACAAGCAAGCGUCCGAUCUGAAGGUGCGAGCAGGCGAAUGGGACAUGAAGGGAGAGAAUGAAACGUACCCGCACCAGGACCGGUCGGUGGUGGAGAUAGUCAUACAUCCGGCACACCACAAGGGAUACCUGCACAACGAUUUGGCGCUCCUGUUCCUCGACUCUCCGAUCAAGCUAAACAGGAUGAUCCAGCCCGUGUGUCUGCCACCGCAGGAUACCAAAUUCGAUCAUCAGAUGUGCGUUGCGACCGGCUGGGGUAAGGAUCACAAUGGUAAGGGCGGUACGUACCAGAGCAUACUAAAGCAGAUCGAUCUACCGAUCAUGCCGAAUGAGGAAUGCGAAUUGGCAUUCCAAGCGACUCGGCUUGGUCCAAAGUUUACGCUGCACAAGAGCUUCAUCUGCGCUGGAGGUGAAGUGGGUAAGGAUACGUGCAAGGGUGACGGUGGCUCGCCGCUCGUUUGCCCGAUUCCCAACAAACAGGACCAGUACUACCAGACCGGUGUCGUGGCGUGGGGCGUCUCUUGCGGGGAGGAUGGUGUCCCGGGUGCUUACGCCAACGUAGCCAUGUUCCGCGACUGGAUCGAUCAACAGAUGAUCCAGCGCGACUACGGUACCAGCAGCUACACCGCAUAGAAAGCCAUCAUCUUAGUUUAAUUUUGAUUAUUGUUAAAAUUCAUUACCAACACAUAAAAAUAAGGAUUCAAUGGUGGAUGCUCACUGAACUAGCUCACUUUUCUUACCGUUUUUACGAACCCGG